AUGGCAGGAAUUUUCACGCCGACAAAUCAGAUCCGACUUACAAAUGUGGCGAUUGUGAGGAUGAAAAAGGGCGGUAAAAGGUUUGAGAUAGCCUGCUACAAAAACAAAGUGAUGUCGUGGAGAAAUAAAGUAGAGAAAGAUAUUGAUGAGGUUCUGCAGACCCACACCGUAUUCACCAAUGUAUCAAAAGGACAGGGCGCUAAACGAGAAGACCUCGUCAAAGCAUUCAGCACUGAAGACCAGACGGAAAUAUGCAGACAGAUCUUGGCCAAGGGUGAGCUGCAAGUCUCUGAGAAGGAGAGACAACAGCAGCUAGAGUCAAUGUUUCGUGAUAUUGCCACCAUCGUGGCAGAGAAGUGCGUUAACCCGGAGACCAAGAGGCCAUACACGGUUGGGAUGAUCGAGCGAGCUAUGAAGGAUAUUCACAUAUCUGUCAAGCCUAAUAGAGGAACAAAGCAGCAGGCACUUGAUGUCAUCAAGAAGUUCAAGGAGACGGAAACUAUGCCUAUUGAUCGCGCCCAGAUGAGACUGAAGAUCUUGCUUCCCAUCAAAGAGGGCAAAAAAAUCAAGACCAAAUUGAAAACGAUGAUAAAAACGAUGGAACGAGAAGAGUUUGGAGAGCAGCUUGAGAUGGUGUGUCUUGUGGAUCCUGGCUGUUACAGAGAGAUGGAGGAUCUGAUUCGCUCAUCCACCAAGGGCCAGGGCGUCAUCGAAGUCCUUGAUCUUAAAGAUGUCGAGGAAGGAGACGAAAAAUUAGAAUGAAGAGGGGAACAAAUCUCGGCAUAAAGUCUCUCUUGCCGAAAUUAUAAUCACAUGAGGAUGUUUCUUAAUACUCCUUUACAAAUGAGGCCGCUGCGGGAAUUGGUCUCUGGGACCAGACUAUUUCAUGAUGUUGGAAUUUGAUGGGAGCAGUGAGCUAUCUAUUUUGAAAUGAUAGUGUCUUGUAAGUCUUGUCCCCUGACCUUAAGUAAAACUAAAGGUUACUACAGCGGGUACAGUUUUAACAAUGAACUGCACAAACCUGAGAUGUUGUUUGGAAUCUAGGCUUUGGUAUUAUUUAGUUCAAGAAAUCAACUGCAUGAAAAGUAUUGCGUAAAAGCUCAAAUUGCAUGCAUCGCAAGUUUUAUCAGAAUUGGCACAUUGUGAGGCCUGUAUGCUUCGUUUUGGAAAGGGCAAGGGCACCAAGGCUUGUUCUCCUUGGUAAAAGGCAUCCUAUGAGGA